CUCAAAAGAACCUACCUUACUCAAUUAUUCAUCUUUUUUAGAAUUUAAUUAUGGAUCAUCCCAAUCAUUCACACCCUUUACACUUGAACCCUCCUGGAGCUCCAUACAAGUGCAAUGGUUGUAAAGAACUAGGGUUUGGACCAAGUUAUGGUUGUGAAAUUUGCAACUACAUCCUUCACGAAGAGUGCGCGAACGUCGAUCGCCUCGCCUUCCAUCGAUUUUUCCCGAAAAGCCACUUCGAGUUCUUCGAGAAGGCACCCGGAUACCGAACUAGGUAUUGUGAUGCUUGUGGAAAAGAUGUGCUAGGGUUUGUGUACCAUUGUUCCCAAACAGGAUUUGAUUUGCACCCAUGUUGUUUGAAGCUGAAAGAUAGUGUUUGCGACAAAGAUGGAUGUGUGACAUUGAAAUUGUCUCAAAAGGUUCCUAGGAAGUGCCUAAAAUGUAAGAGUAGGAAUGUUGUGAACAAAGUUAAGGGUUGGUCUUAUGUGUCUUGUAAUGAGGAUAAUAAUUCUUGUUACCAUGUUUCUUGUGUUAAGGAAUUGAUUCUUGAGAAUUGGAAGAGAGGCUAUUUUUCAACUCAAGAACAAAACAAUUAUUCAGUAAUUCAUCAUGAGAUGAUUGAAUAUGAAUCUCGUCAACUUGCUUUAACAAGGUCAUCAAGGAGAUUGGGGACAAUCAAGAAGUAUACAAAGAUAGCAGUUGUGAUCUUCAAGCUAAUAUUUUCAGCCAUUUUUGGAAACCCUAUUUCUGCCAUUGCUACUCUUGUUGAAGCCCUAGUUCAAGAUUAUUGAUGAAGAUUUUUAGCUUUUUUUCCCUCUUAAUUUUUUGUUUAUAUGCUUUUGGUUAGUUUUGGGAUGAAUAAUAAAGCUUUUCCGAGUGUGAUGAGUUUGGUGGUAGGUGGAAUGCAUACGUAUGUAUGUGAUAUAUAUAAUUAUUAAUUAAAAAAUGUAUGUGUAUAUAAAUAUAUGUAAAUAAAG